CAAAGAAUCAAUCGCCUUGCAUCGAAUCUACUGCUUARAGCUUUUCAACAUUACAAGGAACAUGUCAGACCAGAUAAGCACCGACGUGCCGACAACUCCAUCUAGGGCUCGUCCUCGGCAACGGCCGAGACAUUUUCGUGUGUGCUACGACGAGGACGGGAAAGCCAAUGAUUCCAACGAUUCUGUCACCAACACGGCAGAAUCUCGACCCCAGCCAUGGGGAGUUGCUCCCGUCAAUUUUCAGUAUGAAAUCGAAACAAGCGUUUUGUCGUCGGAUCUGUCGCCCAGGGCGCAAUCGACGAUCACGAACAGCGUGUCGGCGGCCAUUAUUAAUAGCAUCCAUAAGCACGAUUGCUCACCACGACGCAGGAGGGCGAGGCGACGGCGAAGACAAGAAGCUUUAUCGGACUUGCCGUCGUUCUCAGCGCUGAGAUCGAGGCGCACGGAGAUCCUAUCGAUCAGCCCAGGGGAUUGGCACGAAUGGAAGGAAGAAUGCGUAAGCGAGUACAAAAUAGGUUCGUUGUCUUGCAAUGAAGUUGAGGGGACAGUUGUGAUUGGAUUCGAUGAAUUGGAUUUUUCGGCAACCACCAUCGGAUCAGGAGGCGGUGCGUCCGAUUUUAGAUCAGUAGGGAACGUUGUUCUUUCCAGGGUGGAAGAGGACAUGAAUGAUGGAAAUUAUCUCGAAAAAGUCAACAAUGACAUUCUCGWGCUUGGUGUGGUCGUCACAAAACUCAAAUACGUAGGUUCGGAUUUUCUCGAUCGAGUCGAUAAAAACGAAUUUGAACCCGUUGAUGUCCUUUUGGAUUCAACGAGCGCUAGUCUGGACACCACUGACGGCAUUACCCUUUUUUCCAAGGUUGCAAUUCCUAUUAUGGUGACUCUAUUCCUUCUUGCGAUGGUUUUGUGUUGGUGUGCAGUAUCAACUUGGCCGACCGAUUGGUUGCGGGAGAAAAUGAGUAGAGGAAACGAAAAUAACAAAUCCUUGAAAAGAGGUUCCCGCAAACCAUCUUUUGGUAAGGAAAGAGAAGAACCUGAUCUAGAACGACAUACUAGACGUUCACUAGAUUAUAAGAAUAAGUCCCUACCUUCGUCGAUAACCAUAAAGGGUAACAUUGGCAACAACGAUGUCGAUAAAGGUAGGAUCGAUGCGAGCAAAAUCGGGGAUCGUAAAAGAAAAUCUCGGACCCGGACCCCGUCACUAGAGGCUACCCUUCACGAUCUGACUGAAACCGAGAAGAAGAAUUACGGAAAUCACAUUGUACCGCUUCCGAUGGACAAUCGGAACGGAAGAUCCUAUUCGACGCUUCCCGUCGACAAUAGGGCAAGUGUUAGCCGCUUUUUGCACCUGCCUGUCCGCCCCAAAUCUAUGAUUCACGUCGUGGACGGGCACCCCUCCGAUACCGAAACUGGCUCUACUGCACACAGUGUUGGAAUUGUAAACAAUGAGUUGAGGUACAAAGAUGGGAACAUGGGCGAUCCUGCACAACGGUAUUCUUUCCCAAUUCUAUCAUCCCCUCGUGCUAUCAUUUCUUCUUUGUUCACCAGAAGUAGUCCAAAUGAACACUCUCGUAAUCCAUCACCAGUCAUUGAUCUCGUUGACAGGGUCAACGCUUGUACGCCCGGUGGAAAUGUCCAGUGUUUCAGACAUGAGUCGGAACUACCAACAAACAAUAGGAGCGAAAACGAGACCGUCUUGAGAUACGUCGUGCCAACUGAUGAUAGGGUCAAUUCUCUAGUAGAAUCGCCGAAUGCAGACGCGGUGAAAUCACCUUCCAAACGAAUGAGUGCAAAGAAGUCCGAAGCAUACAGAGCGUACAUCAACCGGAAAAUACGCCAACGGGCUGAAGAAUGCGAAGAAUACGACAAACCGAUUCCGAUGGAAAUCGGAGUCAAGCGUACUUUCACCGACGGGCAGGGUCGCGUCCGAGAAAUGGUGGCGCUCUAAUUUUGUUCCAAAACAUUCGGCUGG